CUUUGAAGUUUGCACAGACGAAAAACCUGCUUAAAAUGUUGAGGGCUUCCUCACACCCCUUUGCUAACGCAAUGCACUGUUGUGCGUAACACCACGCACAAAGGAGGCGUGAUGUUGUAUGCGCCCAGCCCUGGUUAGGUUAGGCUGUAGGGACUCCCUCCUCACCCACACCGCGCUCAGGAUACCUUGGACUGAGAGAUUCACAGAGGUAGCCAGGUCAAGCGACCGGAACGGCAAGGCUGCAACAUGCGCUCGCCACUGCUUGCUGCGUUUCAGCCCCUCAGCGCACCUGGCACGUUGUUCGGCUCACUUUUAACGCGCUCACUUCUCUCUCUCCGUCUGUUUUGCACUCCACAUCAGGCUGGCAGCCGAGCAAGUCCACGGGGACAAUACGGUGAGUGGAUGAUAACUGCGCCCGUCCCCGCGCACGGAGUAAUGGACUGCAGUUUUACUUGAAGAGGCAUAUGGAGAACCCAGCCAAGUAUCUCUCAUCGGUGCAGGGGAUUGACUCUGUGCCGGCACCCCUCGGCGAGAUUAUGUGGAACAGCACCGAAACGGAGGCAACAAACGACGGGAGGAAGGAUAUGGUGGUGCGUACGGUGACGGGCUGUCUGCUGUCCCUGCUCAUCCUAUGGACCCUGCUGGGGAACAUCCUGGUUUGCUCCGCGGUGCUGCGCUUUCGACACCUGCGGACUAAAGUCACCAACAUUUUCAUAGUCUCCCUGGCUCUAUCGGAUUUAUUCGUGGCCGUCCUGGUGAUGCCCUGGAAGGCUGUAGCGGAGGUGGCGGGGUAUUGGCCGUUUGGCACUUUCUGUAACGUCUGGGUCGCCUUUGACAUUAUGUGCUCCACCGCCUCCAUCCUCAACCUCUGCAUUAUCAGCGUGGAUAGAUACUGGGCCAUCUCGAGCCCCUUCCGCUACGAGAGGAAAAUGACCCAGCGAGUUGCCUUUGUUAUGAUUAGCAUCACUUGGACGUUGUCUGUGCUCAUUUCAUUCAUACCGGUCCAGCUAAACUGGCACAAAGCCAGCGGUGACGACAUGGCUGGGACGCACAACUCUUCCACGAGUCGGCAGAUGGAGGAAAACUGCGACUCCAGCCUGAGCAGAGAAUAUGCUAUAUCCUCCUCUCUGAUAAGUUUCUACAUUCCCGUGGCAAUUAUGAUUGUGACUUACACCAGAAUAUACCGGAUUGCACAAAUACAAAUCAGAAGAAUAGCCUCGCUGGAGAGAGCGGCAGAACACGCGCAAAGUUGCAGGACCAACAGAAUAGAGUGCCAACACCACACCACACUGAAAACGUCGAUUAAACGGGAAACCAAAGUAUUCAAGACUCUGUCGGUGAUUAUGGGUGUCUUUGUGUGUUGCUGGUUACCUUUCUUCGUCCUAAACUGUAUGGUCCCGUUCUGCGACAGACCGGCCACAGACCGGGACGCGGGUCUGCCGUGCGUGAGCGAGACGACUUUCGACGUCUUCGUGUGGUUCGGCUGGACCAACUCCUCCCUGAACCCCAUCAUUUACGCCUUCAACGCCGAGUUCAGGAAGGCCUUCGCCAGCCUCUUGGGCUGUCGCAAUUUCUGCUCCAACACACCUGUAGAAACUGUUAACAUCAGCAACGAGCUGGUCUCGUAUAACCAAGAUACCCUCAUCCACAAGGAAAUCGCGAACGCCUAUGUCAACAUGAUCCCCAACGUGGUUGAAUGUAUUGAGCAUGAAGAGACUUUUGACAGGAUUUCACAGUUUUCUCACAACAAUGAAAACGCCACCGACUCGGUUUGUGACUUGGAGGACUGCGAGGCAGAUAUCAGUCUUGACAGGAUGUCACCGUUCACACCCAAUGGAUUACACUGACUCCAACUUUGUGUCUCCCCGUGCGUAAUUGGAUGUAUUGCUAAUAGUGUCAUCGUUCAUUUCAGCUCCUAUGUCCCAGAAGCUCCUCUCCACAGGGAGCCCACAGGUCAGGGUCUGCUGAGCUACUGAGCAGCGCCCCUUGCAGCUGGCGAGGGAUCUAGUGACUUGCUCAUGGACACUUCAGCAGGACGCAUGUCCCUGUAGCCACAACGCCACCCUGCCCGCUUUGCGUCAUAUAUGAGAUGUGAUAUCGUUGUCCUGUUCUGAAAAAAAAAGUGAUGUGUAGGUGUUUAUUUACAUGACAAGUGAAGUCUGUGUUCAUUUGUUCAUAGGUUCAGUGUGUGUUGAAGCUGUUGUUCACUGGAAGGUUAUCCUCGGAGAGUCUCAUGUCCACCCACUUGGAGGGGGGAAAAUGUUUGUAAAGACUCGCUUGAGGAAUCAAACGGAAACCUUUUGCUGCUUAAAAUCCUCAUGUGUAUCCAGUGCCCGUCUUUCCGCAGAGUGUGAAAACUGAGGGCAGCCUUACAGACAGCGCAACCAAGAUAAUUCUACUCAAAUGCAGUCAUUUCAGCGCCUUAUAGCUUAUUCAAGGACGAGUUUUGAGACAUGAAAGGAAUGUGUCGGGUGGAGUUUAAGUUACAUGAUGCCAAAAUGCAGUAUUCAAGUGUUUACCCACUGUACUCACCCCAGUGACUCCUCCAGCACACCUGCUCUGCACCACAUGGACUAUUAUGCAGUUUGAUCCAGGCUCAGAUGGUCGGAGGCUUUGAUGGAGCAAAACAUGAUGUAAAAGGGACAAAACCCAAUGUUAUAAACAUGUAAAAGUGAGCCUGUUUAACACUGGAAUCACUAAUCCAAAUCAAAGAAUUUUGACUAGAAUCAGCAGUCAUUUUAACAGUCAAGACUGUUACUCUUUUGUGGGAUCUUUCGUUUCUCAUUGAGGCCAAAACUACCGAAUGGUUUUGCUAUAUCAACCACAGUCAGCUGUUACUGAACCAGCGGAAGAAAAGAAAGAACCAAGACUGUCCCAAAUGACCAAAGAUUUCAAGGAGUGAAUCAAUAACUUCGACACAAUAAGGCUACAACGUUUUGUCAACUAGAGGAAUUGUUGCUAUAGAAAGCCUACACACACACACACACACACACACACACAUACACACGUGAGGCCACUGGGCCAACACAACUGGAUGUCAUACAUCACCUCUCCCACACAUCCCUCUAUCUUUGUACUGUACAGAUGACCUGAUCUGAAUGUAUACUACUGUCCUUUAAACAGUGAAGUGUGUCAUCAUUUGUCUAAUAAAAUGCUGUCAUGCUGA